ACUCUCUCUUUAAUUUUUGUUUGGUGGUUGUAAAGAGGUGAAAAUUCUCCAACUCCAAUUCACCCCCCUUUUGGAGUGCAUUGAGUCAACAAUUGGUAUUAGAGCAAGGGCUCCAAUUUGAAGGUUUAACCACCUAGGAGUUGAUCGGGGAUGGCUCAAUUUCUAUCUUCUCAACCACUUGAAGGUUUGUCUACCACUAGACCUCCUUUCUUUGAUGGGACUAACUAUAAUUAUUGGAAGAAUAGGGUGAAGGUCUUCAUGCUUGCAAAUGUGCCCACGGCAUGGAUUGUGACUAUAAAAGGUCCAUAUGUACCUAUGAAAGUUGUUGGAGAAAGAGAGGUGCCAAAGGAAGAACUUGAAUGGAAUGAUGAAGACUUGGGGAAGAUCAUGAUCAACAACAAAGCAAUCAACAACAAAGCAAUCAACAUGCUUCAAUGUGCUCUCAAUCCAACGAAAUUCCAUAGAGUAUCCGGAUGUGAUAUGGCCAAGGAGAUGUGGGACAUGCUAGAAGUCACUCAUGAAGGAACAAGCCAAGAUCUCAACACUCUCAAGCUUGAAGAUCUCAUUGGUAAAUUGAUGACAUAUGAGAUAGAAGUGCAAGGUGAUGAUGGAGUUGAAAUAGUUGAGAAGAAGAAGAAGGAUGUUGCGUUCAAGGUUGGAAACCAAAAGGAAAAGAGUGAAGAUGAUGCUAGUGAUGGUGAAAACAUCUCCACCUUGAUCUUUAGAGAAGUGAGGAUAUUCAUGAAGAAGAACAUCAAGAGCAAGCUUGCAAAAAGAGAUGAAGGAGAGUCUACCAAAAUGAGUGUGAAAUGCUAUGAGUGCAACAAGAUGGGGCACUAUAGAAAUGAAUGUCCCAAAUUGAAGAAAGGCAAAAAGAGCAUGAAGAAGAAAGCUUUUGAUGCCACUUAGAGCGAUGAUGAAACUAGCUCGACGAAAAGUGAAAGCUCCUUGGAGAAAGGUGUUGCAAAUCUUUGCUUCAUGGCUCAAAAGGAUAGCAACAAUGAUGAGGAGGUAAACUCUAACUUUUCUAGUUCAAUUAAUGAAAGUUCAUUUGAGUA